AUGAUGACAUCAGAAAAAAACGCUCAAAUCAGCCAAGCCAGGGAAACGUUCCAAAUACUGUAUCAGAUAUCACAACUCCUCAGCACCGGUUUGGACACGGAAACCCUCACAAUAUGCAUCAGAUUGUGUGAAUUGGGCGUUGAUCCAGAAGUUUUGGCUCACGUUAUCAAGGAGAUACGAAAAAUGGGAGAAGCCACCGUACACGACAAACCAGCAAACUUACAAGUAUAA